UCCUGCAGCCUCCUAAUGAAGAGGAAAAACUUCCUCUACAAUUUCAAGAACCUGCGCUGGGCCAAGGGCCGUCGUGAGACUUACCUCUGCUAUGUUGUGAAGCGCCGUGACAGUGCCACUUCUUGCUCCCUGGACUUUGGAUACCUGCGCAAUCAGAUGGGCUGCCAUGUGGAGGUGCUGUUUCUGCGCUACAUCUCAGCCUGGGACUUGGACCCAGGCCGCUGCUACCGUAUUACAUGGUUCACCUCAUGGAGCCCCUGUUAUGACUGCGCCCGACAUGUGGCUGACUUCUUGCGGGCCUAUCCCAACUUGACACUCCGCAUCUUCACUGCCCGCCUCUACUUCUGCGAGGAUCGCAAAGCAGAGCCUGAGGGGCUGAGGCGCCUGCACAGGGCUGGGGCCCAAAUUGCCAUCAUGACCUUCAAAGAUUACUUCUACUGCUGGAACACAUUUGUGGAAAACAGGGAAAAGACCUUCAAAGCCUGGGAGGGGCUGCAUGAAAACUCUGUCCGUCUGUCCAGACAACUCCGACGGAUCCUCUUGCCACUCUAUGAAGUAGAUGAUUUACGAGAUGCCUUUAAAACCCUGGGACUUUGA